AAGUUGGCCGAUGUGUAUGCCAAAGGAUAUGGUGACAAAUUUUAGUUGACCCUAAAGUAGAUCAGCUACAAUUAAUGUCGGAAUCAAUUCAAAAUCCGGCCUAUCAUAACAUGCCACGUCAGUAAAACACGUAGGACCCACGUAUAUGUAGCUGACGUGGCAAGCAUUGGGAAAGAAUAUUCAACUGAGACAACUUUGUUAACCAGAGAAGACUAUUAGCUAGAAAUGUUGAUACCUAAUUAGGAGGGUUGAAGAGCGGUCUCUAGCAUCAGGCCUCACCAGAGUUCACUGAACUCGAUGGAGAAGAAACCUGGUGUAUACACUUACGACGCGCAAUGGCCGGUUUGUGCAGUAAGUUGGUCAGUUCGUCGCGAUAAGAAACACCGCCUCGCCAUUGGAAGCUUCCUGGAAGAAUACAGUAACAAGGUGGAGCUGGUGCAGUUCAACCAAGACACGGCCGAUUUCUCUAAUGACAGUCGCCUUGUCUUCGACCACCCUUACUCGCCAACGAAGCUUAUGUUCUUCCCCUCCGAGGAUACACUGAACCCUGAUAUAAUUGCAACGUCCGGCGACUAUCUACGGCUGUGGGAGAUUCAUGACGAUCGGAUUGAGCUCAGGGCUCUUCUCAAUGGGAACAAGAGCAGCGGAUUCAACUCACCUGUCACCUCAUUUGACUGGGCGGAGUUCGACCCACGUCGAGUAGCAGCCUGUAGCAUCGACACCACCUGCACAAUCUGGGACCUAGAGAAAGAGGCUGUCGAAUCUCAGUUGGUGGCACAUGAUAAGGAGGUCUAUGAUGUUUCUUGGGGAGGGCCCGGAGUUUUUUCUUCAGUCUCUGGGGACGGCUCGGUCAGGGUGUUCGACAUGAGAGACAAGGAGCAUUCCACCAUUAUCUACGAGAAUAGCAGCCCGGAGACUCCAUUGUUGCGUGUGGAGUGGAACAAGGCUGACCCAAAGUUCAUUGCGACGGUUGGGAUGGAUAGUAAUAAGGUGGUGAUCAUGGAUAUUCGAUUUCCGACCUACCCAAUAGUGGAACUCAGGAGGCACAGGGGGAGUGUGAAUGCAAUCGCUUGGUCGCCGCACGUCGGACGGCAACUGUGCUCAGUAGGGGACGAUUCAAGAGCCUUGAUAUGGGAAGUGCCGCUGAAUGGGGUUCGACCAGAGUCCGGUGAUGAUAUAGAACCUGUUAUGUGGUAUGGAACAAUAGCUGAGAUCGUUCAGGUAAGGUGGUCAUCGUUGGACUCAGAUUGGAUAGCAGUUGCUUUUUUGAAUAAAUUGCAGAUCUUGAGGGUUUGAAGACUUGAUUAAUUUUCAUUAGUUGAUGCUAUGUUAGUAUUUAUUAUCAGGUAUCAUGAAUUUAAUAGAAACAGAGGCCCUUGCUCUUGCUUCUGCUUCACAUGAAAGCACAGUUAGGUUCUGUUUGCUUGCAGUGCAAAUUGGACCGAAUACAAAUUUUAUAUCCAGUUCAGUUUUGCAUCUGUUUGUUUGUAGAUGUAAUAUGCACUCUUACAAAUUUUCUCUUUGUUUGUAUCCGGAUUGAGCCCCCGUCAAGCCUAAUAUAUCCAACCUGGCCUGGCCAACAUUGAAAUUU